AUUUAAUCUCAAAACAAAAAAAAAAAAAAAAAAACCAAAUAAGUUUCACAUAUAGGAUAUAGCCCUCCAUAAAUACAAAAAAAAAAAAAAUGUUAUUAAACUUGUAAAAUAAUUAUUAAAAAUUUAUAUAUACGUAGCUAGUUUAAUUGUUAAUAAUAAUAAGAAAACGUUUGGUGUUCACAAUGCCGGCGUAUCAUUCUUGCUUUGUUAAAAAUACCUCGUCACUUGGUAACAUGGCUUUGCUUCCAUUGAAGACGAGUUUUCGUGGACCAGCUCCAACUUGUCCACCAGGUACUGAGCAAGAUAUCAUUGAUGAAGCUCUUUAUUUCUUCAAGGCCAAUGUCUUUUUCAGAACCUAUGAAAUUAAGAGUAGUGCUGAUAGAGUACUUAUAUAUAUUACAUUGUACAUUACUGAAUGCUUGAAAAAAUUACAAAAAUGUGCAAAUCAAAAUCAAGCAACAACUGAAAUGUACUCACUUGCAAUAUCAAAGUUUGAUAUACCUGGUGAAUCUGGUUUUCCAUUGAAUUCAGUUUAUGCCAAACCAAACAAUCCAACUGAAGCUGAUCAAAUGAGACAAUAUUUGCAACAAAUAAGACAAGAAACAGCAGCAAGAUUAGUUGAAAAAGUAUACAGUGAAAAUGGUAAACCAAGUAAAUGGUGGUUGUGUUUUGCUAAAAAAAAAUUUAUGGAUAAAUCAUUAUCAGGACCUGGUCAAUAAUUAAUUAUUAAAAAUAAAAAAAUCAUAAAUAUUAUUAAAAAUAAUAGACAUUUUUUUUUAAAUAUAAUAAUAAUAUUGUUCAACGUGCAGAAAAUAACAGAUGAAUAAAAAAAUUUUAAAAAUUCUAAAUAAAA